AUGUUUGUUUUUGCAGACAGUUUUGUUAUCGCUAGAUUGUUGUUGGCUCACAUUCUUUAAGAUGUCUUAGGUCUGAAAAAUGUCUAAUUUAGCUGAGACGUAUUCAUUAACUGGCUUGGUAAAUUGGACCACAGAAGAACCAUGGCCUUUCUAUUUGUCAGAUGCAAUUGCUCCUUAUCUAACUACUAUUUUAGUCAUCUUGGCUGUAUUAAUUAUUUUUGCUACAGCAUAUUCGUGUCGAAAGUUGAAAACAAAAGUUGGUACAGUUACUGAAAAAAUCAUUACCAUGGGAUCACGUCCUCGGUUUAGAAAACGAGAUAAAGUUAUGUUUUAUGGAAGGAAAAUGUUACGACAGGUGCAAAUGUUAUCAAGUCAGCCAGGUAGACCAAGAGUGAAAAAACGGCAGUUAGUGAUGAGGUUUGCUAAAAGAUUAUUAAGGAAAAGGGAGCAACCUCUGACUCUCAAAGUGAUGGAACCAUCGCAAGCAUUUUUGGAAGAAGCUAUAUCGGAAAAUUCUGAACAAAGACUUCCACCCGAUGUGAUGUAUAUGUUGAAAAGCAUAAGAGUCUUCGGGUCAUUUGAAAAGCCACUAUUCCUUGAACUUUGCAAGCACAUUGAAGCAUUGCAUGUUUCUGCUGGAAGUCUGUUGUUUUCUAUAGGAGAUCCAGAUGAUAGUAUUUAUGUUGUGCAAAAUGGAAAGCUGGUUGUUUAUGUAACUGAAAAUGAUGGAAGUGAGCUGGUUCUGAAAGAAGUUGGCCCUGGUGAAAAUAUUACUAGUCUCCUCAGUGUAAUGGAUGUACUUACUGGACGGAUUGCACCAUAUAAAACAGUUUCAGCUAGAGCGUUGGAACAUUGCAUUGUACUGAGAUUGAAAGUUGAAGCGUUUAGAUCGUUACUGGAGAAGAACCCUGAAUCUCUCGUUCGAGUUGCUCAAAUAAUUAUGGUCCGUCUUCAACGAGUAACAUUCACAGCUCUUCAUAAUUACCUUGGUUUAACUAAGCAGUUAAUUAAAUCUUCUUCAACAUCUACUAGACGAAAUACUGCAGUAUCUCCCAAAACAAGUCCUUCUAGAUCUACUUCAAGACGUCCUAGCCAAAUAAUCAAUUUGAAAAGCUCUACUAGCGAUGCUAAAAUUUCAGAUUUAGGUUCUUCUUCUACUGAAGCAGAUGCUGCUUUUUAUCCAAAAGAAAUGAAUUCAACAAGUGAAGAUUUACAAAAUAGUGGCAACCUGUAUAGUGCAAAUGCAUCUGCCUAUGAGUCUGACAUUUCCGAAAGUAAGAAAAAUAGAAAAAGGAAGGCCAGCUUUUAUUUCCCACCUGAGCAAGGAUUGAUACAAACUGAAGAAGAUCUGCAAAUGCUUGCUGUGAAAGGUUUUGUGCAGCAACUGGGUCUGGAUGAUGAUACUUAUGUAAAAGAUUAUGUUACGGUAAAAGAACUCUCAGCCAAUACGUACAUAAUUAGGGAGGAGGCAGUUGAAGAUGUUGCUCUCUUGUAUGUUAUUGCUGGUUCCCUCAAUGUUUCUCAAAAGACUGUGGAUAAAAAAGAAGAGAGUUAUUUAUUUGUUGUCCACAGUGGAGAAAUCAUGGGGGCUUUAGCUGUUCUUAGUGGUGAACCUUCAUUGUUUACUGUUCGUACGAGGCAUUUUUCACAAGUUGGAAUUCUAAGCAAGAAAAAUACAUAUGAGAUACUUCGUCAAAAACCCUUAGCUGUCUUGCAUCUUGCUCAAAGUGUCAUCAAGCGACUAUCUCCUUUUGUUAGGCAGAUUGAUUUUGCUUUAGAUUGGAUAAAUGUAGAAUCUGGUAGAGCAAUUUACAGGCAGGAUGAUGUUUCAGACAGCACGUAUAUACUUUUAAGCGGUCGCUUGAGAUCUGUUCUCAGUCGACCAGAUGGUAAAAAAGAGCUUGUUGGGGAGUAUGGCAGAGGCGAUCUAGUUGGUAUUGUGGAAGUUCUAACACUAACUAGAAGAUCUACCACUGUAAUGGCUGUCAGAAACUCUGAACUUGCUAAACUUCCUGAAGGUCUCUUAAAUGCCAUUAAAAUUAAAUACCCAGAAGUUGUUACGAGAUUUAUUCAUCUGCUUGGACACCGUAUUCUUGGUUCACUUCAAAAGAGACUUCCAUAUGCCAGUGAAAAGGUGUUAACCACAGAUUCUAGACCCACUGGUUCUAAUUUUGCAACUGUUGCUAUCCUUGCAGUCACCGAUAAUGUUCCUUUGACAGCUUUCACAAUGGAAUUGUAUCAUGCUCUUACUGCUAUUGGACUCACUUUGAGGUUGAACUCUGAAAUCAUCAAGAAGACCUUAGGACCUACUGCUUUGUUAAGUGCAAAUGAGUACAGACUGUGCAGUUGGCUGGGUCAGCAAGAAGAUAAGCACAAAAUUGUCCUUUAUCAGUGUGAUCCUUAUUUUUCCAUUUGGACUCAAAGGUGUAUUAGGCAAGCUGAUUGUAUAAUUAUCGUUGCUUUAGCUGAUGAUGAGCCUGCUGUUGGCGAGGUAGAAAAAGAGCUUGAGCAUUUUGCUGUGCGUACACAAAAAGAAUUGGUUCUUCUUCACAGAGAUGAUAGAAUCAAACCUAGAAAUACUGUGGAAUGGCUAAAUAUGCGAUCAUGGUGUUCAUCUCAUUAUCAUAUUCGCUGUCCUAAAAGAAUGUUCACAAAAAAAUCUCCCAUUAGACUAUUAGAUAUGUAUAACAAAUUAUUCAUUAACCCACCCAACAUCCAUUCUGAUUUUGCACGUUUGGCUCGAUUUCUGACUGGUACAUCUUUUGGAUUGGUUCUUGGUGGUGGGGGUGCAAGAGGUGCUGCACAUGUAGGAUUGAUUAAAUCUUUAAAAGAGGCUGGAAUUCCAAUUGAUAUGGUUGGAGGUGUCAGCAUUGGUGCUUUUAUGGGUGCUCUAUGGUGCCAAGAAAAUGAUAUUACGACUAUGACUCAAAAAGCAAGGGAAUGGUCUUUUAAAAUGAACUCAUAUUGGAGACAGAUUUUAGACCUUACAUAUCCAGCUACUGCCAUGUUUACAGGUGCUGCCUUUAAUCGCACAAUUCAGGAAGUUUUUGGUGAAAGACAGAUCGAAGAUUUAUGGCUUCCAUACUUCACUGUGACAACAGACAUAACAGACAGUACUAUGCGUAUUCAUACCCAUGGAUCACUGUGGCGCUACAUUAGGUCCAGUAUGUCCCUCUCUGGGUACAUGCCUCCCAUGUGCGACCCGCUGGACGGUCACUUACUUCUAGAUGGGGGCUACGUCAAUAAUCUUCCAGCUGAUGUGAUGCGUGAAAUGGGUGCUGAAACUAUAAUUGCCAUUGAUGUAGGAAGUCAAGAUGAUAUAGAUCUGACAAAUUAUGGUGAUACUUUAAAUGGUUGGUGGCUAUUGUGGAAAAAAUGGAAUCCUUGGGCUUCACCUGUAAAAGUUCCGAGCUUACAAGAAAUUCAAUCUCGUUUGGCUUAUGUCAGCUGUGUCAAACAGUUGGAUCAAAUUAAGCGAAGCGACUACUGCACAUAUAUUCGGCCUCCCAUUGAUAAAUACAAAACAUUACAGUUUGGAAGUUUUGAUGAAAUAAUGGAUGUGGGAUAUAACCAUGGAAAGGCCUUGUUUCCUGCUAUGAAAAUGGGUCACAAGUCACUGCAUAAUUUAUUGCACAAUGAAAUGAACAAACAUUAUCACCAGAAAGUGACAUUGAGGAAUGCCUCAUUUACAGAUUUAGCUGAAAUUGUUUGCAAAAUUAAAAGACCAACAUACCAGGUGUAUGAAGAUUCAGAUGAAGAAUCUGACCUCUAUAACCGUGAUGUCAAUGGAUAUACGUCAGAACCUGAUCCGAGCUUAUUGGGAGAUACAGAUAAGGAAGAUGAUAUUGAAGAAGAUUAUUCAAGAUCACAACAUGAUAACAUUGGAUCUUUAUCAGAUGUUGAAUAUUCCAUAGAAAGAGACUUAUGAUUAAUUUAUUGGUUACAUAUUAUUUUUAAGAAUUAUGACAGUUUUUAUUUAUUAUUUAUAUGUGUGCAAUUAAAGAUGUGUAUAUAAUAAACUGUUUUAUAAAUCAA